AUGCCGCUGCCCGGGUCGCUGCUGGUGGUACUGGUGCUGUGCGCGUCGCUGGGUCCGGGCAGCACCCACCACCUGGCCAGGGUGCUCUCCGACGACGGCUUCGUGCGCCGCCAGAUCGAGUGCGUUCUGGGCGACGCCCCCUGCGACGCCAUCGGGCGCAAUCUCAAGCGGGUGAUUCCCGAGGUGGUGCUGAACGAGUGCCAGCGGUGCUCGCCGCAGCAGGCGGCCAGCGCGAUGCACCUCAUGGACUUUCUGGACAGCCGGCACCCCGGCGUCUGGCAGGCCGUCCGGGAAAAGUACUCCAGCGGACGCUGA